CGAAGUACGUUAUUGUACACAAUUUCGUUAUAUACCUACAGUCGAUUGGUGAUAUAGGAUUUUAGUGGGUAAUAGAUACAAAUUGGGAUAAAUAAUCCUAUUUGUGUUAUAUUUUGCAGUUUUCAACAAAUUAGAUCAGAAAAGCUCGAUUGCAUCGGAAGCCUAAGAGAGUCCACUAGGCAUAAAUGGGUUAACAAGCAACCAGAAAGUCAGAGGUCGCCGUGGCGUAGUGGAUACGAUGUCCGCCUAGCGACCGGGAAGUCAAGGAUUCGAGCCUCACUGUGGGAGCUUUCUUAAGAUCUCCCCCAAACGACACAGAGUACUAUUUCUACCAAGACGUGACGACUCCAGACUUCCAGGUCGAUGGCGUCUUGGUUUCGUCAUUGCGGGCGCAGGCGACUCUUCGGACGGCUGUUUGCGCUCUGUGGUCUUGCAUAUUUAUUGGUUGCUCUUAAGUUUGUUAAGGAAAUGCUGAAUGAGCGGAACAAUAGCUUUGUGUUAAAUUUUAAUGCAAUGGACGUCCAUAUGGAAAUGUUUGGAACGCAGCAAAAGGCUAAGCACUCUGCUAAAAACGAAUAUGGUAAAAAAGCGUUAGAACAAUAUUGUUUGGUGCCCAAAACCUUCGACGAUGGAAGAAUUUUCACGUUAGACCUUCCAGCCCAAACCAACUACUCUAUGAUACAAAACGUAGCACAUCCAAGGUUUCAAGAAUAUGUACUUCCGGUUUCUGACGCCUCCGUUGCCUAUGGUCCGAGACUGGAUCAUAUGACUGUGUAUAUCAUCCCGUUUUCUCACGUUGACCCUGGUUAUGGCAUGACGCUGGAGCAAUACUACUCGUCCAUGACCAAGCACACCCUUGACAACUUGGUCGUCAAGCUAGAACAGUACCCGAACAUGACCUUCCAGUGGGCAGAGACCGUCUUCCUGGAAAGAUGGUGGCGAGACAUAUCGCCCGAAACAAAGGCUACAUUUCGCCGUCUCGUAAACAAUGGUCAACUGGAAAUUGUCCUCGGUGGUUGGGUGAUGCCAGACGAGGCGGUUACGCACUAUGGUCCUGUAAUCGACCAACUGAUUGAAGGUCACCAGUGGUUAAAAGAAAACGUUGGAGUGAAGCCGAAGAACGCAUGGGUUAACGACCCGUUUGGAUAUUCAAGCACGCUUCCGUAUCUAUGGAAAAUGGCUGGUGUAGAAAACAUUGUCAUUUUACGAAUCCACCAGGCGGUAAAAGCUACACUUAUGAGAAAGCACGCUUUAGAGUUUAACUGGAGGCAAAUGUGGGAUCCGACAAACGAAAAUGACAUAUUUUGUCAUUUGAUGGCAUAUAGGGGUUACUGGAUUGGCGAUACGUGUGGGCCGAACCACCAACAUAUAUGUCGUGAAUAUGCGUUCAUGCACAAAGAUCCCCGUGAUAAAGUGGUGUUUCUAACAAAAGAGAAUAUCGCUGAACGGUCGCGUAUUUUGUACGAAGAGUAUAGAAUCACUGCUGAGCUUUACAGAAAAAGAACUAAAACCGAUACCAAUCUGGGUGAAAAUUUAUUUUUGCCAAUGUUUCUUGGUGAAGACUUCUCAUACGUUAAUUCGGAAGAUUAUGAUCUUAUUUACAAAAGCUACGCCAUGAUGUUCGAGUACAUGAAUAAUAAAACGGAAUGGAAAAUAAAAAUUAAGUUUGGAACAAUCAAUGAGUAUAUGACCACAAUGAAAGAAUAUCACAAUAACCGCAAUCAAUACAACUUUCCAUCAUUGUCCGGGGACUUUUUCCCAUAUUCAGACUUUCAAAAUGAUUAUUGGACUGGUUAUUAUAGUACAAGGCCUUUCCUUAAGCAACUCUCUAGGGAUAUACAACGUUAUAUGAAAGCAGCAGACCUGUUUCAUACUUACGCGCGCUUUCAUUCAAGCACGAAGAAAAUUAAUUACGCUAUGGGUGAUAAGGUUACCGCAUUGCUCACAUCAGCGAGACGUGGUCUGGGUAUUUAUUUGCAUCACGAUGGAAUAACUGGUACUUCGGUUCCUUCAGUAAUGCAAAAUUUCAACGACGUUUUGUUUCAAGCAUUAAACGACGCCCAACAAGCAUUCAAACAUAUCGCCUCAAAUUUGAUUUCCAACGGUAACCUCGCUGUUCCACUCAUUCGCCAUUCAUCGUUUCGCCACAAGCAAACUGACUGUCCGUCUCCUGAGGUUCUUACGGUACCUGUCAGUGGCUCACUGGUCGUCGUUGCAAAUUCGUUGCCUAGACGACGCGUUGACGUGAUAACAUUCCACGUGAGCACAGCCAACGUAGAAGUUACAACACAGAAAGGCAAGGUAAAACAUCAGAUACAACCAGCUGGCAUCGCUAACUACCAAGUAUCAUUCGUUGCCGAAUUACCGCCGCUCAGUCUGCAUUUGUUUAACGUAACGUUGAACCACCAAGUCCCAUUUAAUGAAGUCCCCGUGCUAAAUGAACCGUCAGAAGACUACAUCGAAAAUGACUUCAUUAAAAUUGUAAUUGAUCAAAAGACUGGCUUCCCAACACGAUUAAUACUAAAGCAGGACGAAAACAUCAGCAUCAAUGUGUCGUGUGAUGUCCUUGCUUACACCGCUAAACGAAGCGGUGCUUACAUCUUUGCGCCAGAAGGCGAGGCGACACAAUACUUAAAAUCAACGCGCACUAUUAAGUUCACAAAAGGACCAAUAACAUCGGAAGUCAAAACCACAUAUGAUGGAUUUUCAAUGACAUUAAAAAUAUACAAUGCACAAGGGGCGAAAGCUUAUGGGGUGUUUAUAGAAACUAUGAUAGACAUGUCCCACACCGGAAUGAAUACCAUGGACAAAGAGGUUAUUUUAAGACUUAAAUCAGACAUUGAUAAUAAAAAUGUAUUCUUCACCGAUCAAAAUGGGUAUCAGUUGCUGGGCCGUUUUAACAAUGUCAGUAGAUCUAUCGAAGAAAAUUAUUAUCCUGUGACGACGAUGAUUUUGAUAGAGGAUACAACAAAGCGGUUAACUUUACACACUGCCCAACCGCACGGCGCCACGAGUUUAAAAAGCGGUUGGAUAGAAGUGAUGCUGGACAGGAAACUCUCGAGAGAUGAUGACAAAGGCCUUGGACAAGGGGUAACGGAUAAUCUACCUACCAUGGCGAAUUUUGUUCUCCAGCUCGAAAGGAUAACCUCGUUAAAAACGUCAAAUACCAACGCCAAGCGCGUUCAAACAUACCCGUCUGCUGAUGCUAUGUUUAUUAAUGAACAACUCAACGAGCCCAGUGUUGUGACACUUAUUCCAAUUGUUGGAGAUGGAAAUUUAGUUAAUUUUAAUGGCAUAGAAGAGUCUCUUCCUUGCGAUACAGUUAUCGUAGGUAUGCGUCACAUGAAACAAGCUAAUUCGACAAGUCUAGUACUACACCGUAGACCUUUCAACUGUGCAAUGUCGACUGACCGUUCUGAGUGCAACUUGUUGAAUGGUGCCGCCAAUCUAAAUAACCUGUUUAAGGGGCUAGAGUUUCGUGUUGCUAAGGAGACAUCCCUGACGCAUUUAACUGAGAAAAGGGUUGUUUCAAACAGCGAAGAUCUGAAUCCUCACCUCAUGCAGCUGAGGUCAUUUGAACUUGUGUAAAAUACAUAGCAUUUCUUUAUUUUUGGUAAAUGAUGGGAUGUUGCGAAGUGCUGAAUUGGAGAUGAAGCGAAGGUCGGUUAAAUGUGACUAAUUGGAUAUAUAGAGUUUAUUUAUGGCUUGUUUAUGAUGUGAUUUUAAGAAAUAUCAUGCGUUGGAAUGGAAGAUGCAUUUAUUUGAACUAAGCGUGCCAUAUUGUAUAGUAUUGCAUUGUUUAUAGUAUUGCCGACGUCUCUUUUAAUUUUUCCUGCAAGCGUGGAGAAGCAGUACUGGUGAACAAAGUAAUCAACUGUUAAGUGUUCUAAAUUAUAGUGUUACUGUCUGUUUUAAUAUUUAUUUAUACUUAAGUAAUAUAAGUGUUGUUUAUUGUUAAUAUUGUUUAUAGGGGCAUUGAGGCCGUG